GGAAAGGGGAAAUUCUUGGGGUUAAAGUCCAGCAGGUGGAAGGACCAGGCCUGGGACUCCUGGGUCCCUCGGCAGUGUGUGGAGACAUGGCCAGGGCUGGCGGGGGCCUCGGGGCCUGGGGGAGCCUGGUGCUGCUGGGCCUGUGCAGCUGGACAGGGGCCAGGGCAGCCGCCCCCGACCCGGUGAGGAACCUGAGAGUAGCGGCUCAGACCAACAGCUCCAUCUCCCUGAGCUGGGACGUCCCUGACAGCACAGCCACGCAGAACUACAGCUACUGGGUCUGGUGCACUGGAAAUGAUGACAGAAAUGAGACCCGAAUCACAACAGACACCAAUGUCACAGUGGACAGACUUGAACCCGGGUCUUCCUAUGCAUGUUCUGUACGGGUGGAAGCGGAGGGACUCCUUAGCACCAUAGAGAGUCUCAAUACCACCACGGCUCCCAACCCAGUGAGGAACCUGAGAGUGGAGAAUCAGACCAACAGUUCCAUCUCCCUGAGCUGGGAGGUCCCCGAGGGCCCCGAGGCACAGAACUACACCUACUGGGUCCAGUGCACUGGAGAUGAUGGCAAAAAUGAGACCCAAAACAUGACAAGUGCCAGUUACACAGUGGGUGGACUUACAUCGACGUCCUUGUAUGAAUUUUCUGUGUGGGCCGAGAAGGAUGGAGUACCUGGCUCCAAAGUGACCCUCAAGGCAGCCACAGCUCCCAACCCAGUGAGAAACUUGAGAGUGGAGAAUCAGAACACCAGCUCCAUCUCUCUGAGCUGGGACGUCCCCGAGGGCCCCGAGGCACGGAACUACAUCUACUGGGUCCAGUGCACUGGAGAUGAUGACAGAAAUGAGACCCGAAACACAACAGACACCUGGGUCACAGUGGACGGACUUGAACCCGGGUCUUCCUACGCAUGUUCUGUACGGGUGGAAGCGGAGGGACUCCUUAGCACCAUAGAGAGUCUCAAUACCACCACGGCUCCCAACCCAGUGAGGAACCUGAGUGUGGUGGGUCAGACCAACAGCUCCAUCUCCCUGAGCUGGGACGUCCCCGAGGGCCCCGAGGCACAGAGCUACACCUACUGGGUCCAGUGCACUGGAGAUGAUGGCAAAAAUGAGACCCGAAACAUGACAAGUACCAGUAUCACAGUGGGUGGACUUACAUCAGCGUCCUUAUAUGAAUUUUCUGUGUGGGCGGAGAAGGAUGGAGUAGCUGGCUCCAAAGUGACCCUCAAGGCAGCCACAGCUCCCAACCCAGUGAGGAACUUGAGAGUGGAGAAUCAGACCAACAGCUCCAUCUCCCUGAGCUGGGAUGUCCCCGAGGGCCCCGAGGCACAGAGCUACACCUACUGGGUCCAGUGCACUGGAGAUGAUGACAGAAAUGAGACCCGAAUCACAACAGACACCUGGGUCACAGUGGACGGACUUGAACCCGGGUCUUCCUAUGCAUGUUCUGUACGGGUGGAAGCGGAGGGACUCCUUAGCACCAUAGAGAGUCUCAAUACCACCACGGAACCCAACCCAGUGAGGAACCUGAGUGUGGUGGCUCAGACCAACAGCUCCAUCUCCCUGAGCUGGGACGUCCCCGAGGGCCCCGAGACACAGAGCUACACCUACUGGGUCCAGUGCACUGGAGAUGAUGGCAAAAGUGAGACCCGAAACAUGACAAGUACCAGUGACACAGUGGGUGGACUUACAUCAGCGUCCUUAUAUGAAUUUUCUGUGUGGGCGGAGAAGGAUGGAGUACCUGGCUCCAAAGUGACCCUCAAGGCAGCCACAGCUCCCAACCCAGUGAGGAACCUGAUAGUGGAGGCUCAGACCAACAGCUCCAUCUCCCUGAGCUGGGACGUCCCUGAGGGCCCCGAGGCACAGAGCUACACUUACUGGGUCCAGCGCACUGGAGACGGUGGCAGAAAUGAAUUUGGAAACACAACAAACAACAGGGUCACAGUGGACGGACUUGAACCAGGAUCCUCGUAUGAAUUCCAGGUGUGGGUGGAGAAGAAUGGAGUGCGUAGCUCCGGGCAGAGUCUCAGCAGCUCCACAGUCCCCAACACUGUGACAAGUCUCAGUGUGCAGGACCAGACCAAAAACUCCAUCACCUUGAGCUGGGCAGCUCCCGAGGGCCCAGGUCAUUUUAUCUACACCUACUGGGUCUCAUGGGUCGACGAGGGCAUUAUUGACCCUAGGAGGCAGAACACCUUAGACACUGGAAUCACCCUAAGAUUGGAAUCUGGGAGCCUGUACAACCUCACCAUCUGGGUGUAGGGGAAGGAAGUCAGAGGCUAUCCCUGGACCCUUGGUGUAGCAACCGCGCCCAGUGAGGUCAUGGAUCUGCAGACAAGAACUCAGACCAACAACUCAGUCACCCUGUGGUGGAAGGCCCCCGAAGACCCCUACUCUCAGCUCUACAUAUACCAGGUCCAGUGGGCCAGCGGGGGACACCCUCAGAGGGCGCAAGAUCUCCAAGGAGACUGGGCCAACCAGACAAGCAGGACCAAUGAGACUUGGUACGAGGUGGAGGCCCUGGAACCUGGGACUCUGUACAACUUCAGCGUAUGGGCAGUGAGGAACAAUGUAACCAGUUCCACACAGAGCCUCCGGGCAUCCACAGCCCCAGACUCUGUCACCGUCAUAUCCUGUGCCAGCACCUCGGGGGGUUAUGGGGUCAUCCUGACCUGGUCCUGCCCCUCAGGGGGCUACGAGGCCUUCGAGUUGGAAGUGGGCGUGCAGCGGGGCUCCCAGGACAGGUCUGCAUGUGGACAGGGCGUGCCUGUGUCGGGCCUCGGGCCGGCUCGGUCCUACCCGGCCACCAUCACCACCGUGUGGGGCGGAAUGAGGGCCCAGUCUGCCCCGGUGACCUGCCACACGGAGAGUGCAGGGGUCAUUGCUGGAGCCAUCGUGGGCGUCCUCCUGUUCCUCAUCCUGGUGGGCCUGCUGGUGUUCUUCCUGAAGAGGAGGAGGAGCCGAGAGAAAGCCUGCAAGGAUCUGGCCCUCAGCUUCCCAGAGUACAUCCUGGCCAAAGACUUCGCUGAACACGUCAGGAAGAACGAGGAGGACAGCAAUUGGGGCUUUGCGGAUGAGUACCAGCAACUGGCCCUGGAGAGCUGGGGCCACUCUCAGAUGGUGGCCUCAGCUCCAGAGAACUGUGCCAAGAACCGCUACACAAACGUGCUGCCAUAUGACUGGUCCCGGGUGUCCCUGAAGCCCCUCCACGGGGAACCAGGCUCUGACUACAUCAACGCCAGCUUCAUGCCUGGUCUCCACAGCCCCCUGGAGUUCAUUGCAACCCAGGGCCCCCUGCCGAACACCGUGGGCGACUUCUGGCGCCUGGUGUGGGAACAGCAGAGCCGUACCCUGGUCAUGCUGACCAACUGCAUGGAGUCCGGCCGGGUGAAGUGUGAGCAUUAUUGGCCCCUGGACGCCCAGCCCUGCAUCUACGGGCACCUGCGGGUGACCCUGGUGGGUGAGGAGGUGACGGAGAACUGGGCGGUGCGCGAUCUGCUGCUCUUCCAGGUGGAGGAGCAGAAGACCCUACCGGUGCGUCAGUUCCAGUACCUGGCCUGGCCGGAUCACGGUGUCCCCCACUCCCCAGACCCCUUGCUGGCCUUCUGGAAGAUGCUCCGGAUGUGGCUGGACCAGGCGGUGGAGGGAGGCCCGCCCAUUGUGCAUUGCAGUGCUGGCGUGGGCCGCACCGGCACCCUCAUUGCCCUGGAUGUCCUGCUUCGGCAGCUGGAGUGCGAUGGCUUCGUAGGGCCCUUCAGCUUUGUGAAGAAGAUGAGAGAAAGCCGGCCGUUGAUGGUGCAGACAGAGGCCCAGUAUAUAUUCCUGCACCAGUGCAUCCUGCGGUUCCUCCAGCAGUCAGCCUCAGUCUGGGAGGAGGCCACGUAUGAGAACGUGACAAACCUCAUCUACGAGAACGUGGCUGCCAUCCAGGCCCAGGAGGUGGAGGCAUAAGCUAGGAGAGGGCUGAGCAGGCAGCCCAGCUACACACAAGCUCUGGGUCCACACUGGAGCCCAGAUACCUGGAGGAGUGGAGGGUUGGAGUCCCAGACUCCUGGGCCCUGUGGAGGGGGGUGACUAGGAGCCUAAACUCCUGUUUCUCCAGGGGAGAGGGGUCUGCGUCCACUCAUGAGUCCUGUGGGAGCUGGGGCCUGGACGCCUGGCUGCUUGUAGGGGAAGUGUGGGAGCUUGCAUUUCCCUGUUCUUUGAGGGAGAAGGAAGCAGCAAGAACCAGGCUGGAACCUGGAUUCUGAGAGAGGAAGAAGUUAGGGCCUGGAAUUCUGGCUACCCAAAGAGCAAGGGCAGGCAGGAUCCUGCCCUGCUUUUACGUCAGAAAACAAAUCAGUCUUCUAUGAUCUGGGGUUGGAGGGAGUUACUCUGCUUGAGGUCUCCCUGAACCUCCCAUCUGCAUAUAGUUUCUCAUCUAUCCCAUAAUUUAUUAAAUCACUGUUCUCAGAAAUGGUUGCGCCUGUGGAUUUAUGAGUCUGGAAAUGAUAGCGGGACAGGAGUGGGGAUGAGUUUUUGACAUCUAGGUACAGAGGCAAACGUCCCAGCGAGGGGACUAGAGGGACCCACGAUUUUGCAGGUUAAUAUAGGUUUGGAUGGUUAAGUCUCUCAGAGAAGGCUGGGUCCAGAUGUCUGUAUCCAGGGUCUGGACAGUAUGGGUGGGGUUUGUCGGAGCUGGAGGCGUGGGGGCUGCCUCCUGGGCUUGGCGUUAGGGGAACCCAGAGAGGGUGAUGUCUGGGGGCUGUUAUGCUGAAUACCAUCUGAAUACUUGGGUCUCCAGAGGGGUCUCCUGGGUCCCAGGACUAGAUAGAUACCAUGGCACCCAGUUCUUUGGGCUGCACUGGGUGUGUGUUUUGUGUGUGUGUUGGGGCACGGGGAGCGGUGUGGAUGGCCGACAGCUGGACCAGAAGGCAGAAAAUUCUGAGGCAUCAGGAUAAACAUCGGUGGGCGCCACCAUGGUUCGCGGGUGAGGG